AUGUCCUUCUCUAGGAUUGGAAUCCCUCGAACGCUGGGUAGGCUAUCCUCCCCAGCCUUUGUGUGCCGUCAAUGCCUCCACACGCAGCCGCUCAAGGCAACGGCUUCUUCGCAAGUCGCCUGGCAGGCCGUACGAUCAGCUCCGCUCUCGCGCAACUUGACCUCGACCUCGACCAGCGCGGCAACGCAAGCCGCCAGGACACGAUGGCUGGUCGGAGGAAGCAGGAACUUCUUUAGGUCGGCAAAAAAGUCAUCGUCGGGAUCUGCUGCCACCGCCGCUGAGGCCGCCACGGCCGAAGCCUCUUCGGGAGCGGGAGCAGGGACGCGGUCCAGCUCGUUCCCCGAGACGAACUCAAAGGCCGUAGGAUACUGGCUCAUAGGCAGUGCUGCCAGCGUCUUUGGAAUCGUCAUAUUUGGUGGCCUGACGCGUCUGACAGAGUCUGGGCUGAGCAUAACCGAAUGGCGGCCCGUCACCGGCUCUCUACCUCCUCGCAACGCCGAAGACUGGGAAUCAGAGUUCUCCAAGUACCGCGCCUCGCCCGAGUUCGCCUUGCUCAACCCGCACAUGACGCUCGACGAAUUCAAGAAGAUCUACUACAUGGAGUGGACUCAUCGUCUCUGGGGCCGCUUUAUCGGUCUCACCUUUGUGCUGCCGACUGUAUACUUCAUCGCCCGGAAGCAGGUUACCCGCAAGAUGGCUUUCAACCUGGUUGGCAUAAGUGCUCUGAUUGGUUUCCAGGGAUUCAUCGGUUGGUGGAUGGUCAAGUCAGGUCUGAAAGACGACCUGUUUGCCCCUGGUUCCCAUCCUCGUGUCUCACAGUAUCGCUUGACUGCUCACCUCGGGACCGCUUUCCUCUGCUAUUCGGCCAUGCUGCUCUCCGGGCUUUCGGUCCUCCGCACGCGCCGCCUGGUGGCAGACCCGACCGCCGCCACCAAGCUAUUCUCCCAACUCCAGAACGCUGCAAUCACCCCCUUCCGCCGCUACGUUUUGGCGAUGACCGCGCUAGUCUUUACGACCGCAAUGUCGGGCGCUUUGGUUGCCGGGCUGGAUGCGGGGCUCAUCUACAACGAGUUCCCCAAGAUGGGCGUGGGCCUGGCUCCGCCGAUGGCCGAGCUGUUUGACAAGUUCUACUCGAGGAAGGAGGACGGAUCGGAUCUCUGGUGGCGCAACAUGCUUGAGAACCCAAGCCUGGUGCAGCUGGAUCACCGCGCCCUCGCCAUGACCACCUUCUGCGCCGUCAUCGCCAUGUUUGUCUGGUCACGCCGCCUCGGUGCGGUGCUGCCCACUUCGGUCAGGAAGGGGAGCAUGGGAGUGCUGCACCUGGCCCUCCUGCAGGUGGCGCUCGGCAUCACCACGCUCAUCUACAUGGUCCCCACCCACCUCGCCGCCACCCACCAGGCCGGCGCGCUGGCCCUGCUUACAGGGUCGCUGGUGCUGUCGCACCGGCUGCACGUGUCCAAGUCCACCGUCUCGCUCGUCCAGCGGCAGCUGCUCAAGUCGGCGGGCUCUGGUGGCGCGGCACGACUACCGCCUAGGCGGAUCUAG